GUCUGAUAUUGAAAUACUUGAAAAAAUCGGAACCGGUGCUAUGGGAGAAAUACAUAGAGCUAAAUUUCGGGAUGGAGAAGCAGCAGUAAAACAAUGCAAGCUUACAAAAUCACUUAAAUUGUUUGGAGUCAUAGAUGAAAAUUAUCAACUUGUUCUUAAAUAUGCACCAAAUGGUGAUCUGUCUCAAUAUCUUAAAGUAAAUAAAGUCGAUUGGGUAUCCAAAGCUAAAAUAUGUCACGGGAUAGCUCGUGGUGUGAUGCAUUGCCAUAAAAAUGAUGUAUAUCAUUUCGAUCUUAAACCCGAAAAUAUUCUUUUAGAUAAAGAUUUUAUACCAAAAUUGGCAGACUUUGGACUUUCAAAUUCUAAGAGUCGUUUUGAACUGAGUGGCGGAAAAGCUGGUGGAACUUUAAAUUGGGUAGCUCCUGAACGUAUUAGUUCUGAUGCUAAAAUGUGUGAAUUUUUUGAAAAACACCCUAAGCUUUCAGAUGUAUAUUCUUUUGGAUUGAUUUUAUGGUCAGUCGCUAUGGAUGGCGAGAUGCCUUAUAAAGAAUUAAGUGAUGAUAAAAUAAAACAACAAAAGUGCGACAAAAAAACAAUGAGUCGUCUGUUGAAAAAUUUACCAGAAGGAAUUCCAAAUCGUUAUACACAACUAAUUUCCGAUUUAACAAAGUACGAGCCUAAAGAGCGUUGUCAACUACCUUCUGCAUUAUUAGAGCUGGAGCAUGUAUUCAAAUACUAUAAUGCUAUUGAAGACAAUGACAAGGCCAAAUUACAGGUUAUAAAUUACAGCUCAAGUACAAUCAGUCAAUCUUCUGGAAAUGCUAAUUUUUCGCACGACUCUAAAUAUGGACAUCAUGCUGAACCUAUUGAAGAUUUUCC